AUGCUGCCCAGAAGACGAGUGAUUAAUCUACUACAAGUUAUGUUGUCUCAAUCUUGUAGAUGUCCUGCGCAUGGAAACGCUGGUUCUGUAGCAUUGAAUAAUUCCAGUAAAUUAAGCAGUACAUCUUUAGAUGUGGCUACAACAAAAGAGUAUGCUUUCGAGAUGGCUUGUUCAACUAUCAGAUAUGGUAUUGGAGUAACUCGAGAAUUGGGAAUGGAUUUCCAAAACUUAGGAGUCAAAAAAACAUGUUUAAUGACUGAUCCCAAGUUAGUAAAUCUUAUUCCAGUAAAAACAGCAAUCGAAAGUCUUUCCAAGUAUAAAAUAAAUUUCGAUAUUUAUGAUAAAGUUCGCAUCGAACCAACUGAAACAAGUCUUCAAGAUGCUAUCAAGUUUGCAAAAACAGGAAACUACGAUUCUUUUAUAGCGGUUGGAGGUGGUUCUGUUAUUGAUACCUGUAAAGCAGCUAAUCUUUAUCUUAGUGAUCCUCAAGCUGAAUUUCUAGACUAUGUUAAUUCGCCUAUUGGCAAAGCUAAACCAGUUACCAUAGACUUGAAGCCAUUAAUAGCAGUUCCAACAACUUCAGGAACAGGAUCAGAAACUACUGGGGUCUCUAUUUUUGAUUAUAGUCCUUUAAAAGCGAAAACUGGUAUCGCUAACAGAGCGUUGAGACCUUUCCUUGGUAUCAUUGAUCCUCUUCACACGCUCACACUUCCUGAAAGAGUUACUGCUUUUUCAGGAUUUGAUGUGCUAUGCCACGCUUUAGAAUCUUUCACUGCUAUUCCUUAUACUGAAAGAACACCUUGUCCUUCAAAUCCUAUUCUAAGACCUGCAUAUCAAGGAAGCAAUCCUAUAAGUGAUGUUUGGGCAAAAUAUGCUUUGAAGAUAAUGAAAAAAUAUUUCAAAAGAGCUGUUUAUCAACAAGAUGAUCUUGAAGCCAGAAGUCAUAUGCAUUUAGCUAGUACAAUGGCUGGUGUUGGUUUUGGUAAUGCUGGAGUUCAUCUUUGUCAUGGAUUGUCGUAUCCUAUUAGUGGAAAUCCGCCGGCUAAAUGUUAUCCUGAGGGAUACAGUAAAGAUCAUCCGAUUGUUCCUCAUGGAUUAUCAGUGGUCAUUUCAGCACCAGCAGUAUUUUCUUUUACUGGAAUAGCUUGUCCAGAGAAACAUCUUGAAGCAGCAGAAUUACUUGGGGCGGAUGUAAGCACUAAAAAAAAGGCGGACGCUGGAGUAGUUUUAGCUGACAUUGUCCGAGAGUAUAUGAGUAUGAUGAAAAUACCAAAUGGUUUGGGCGAGCUUGGUUAUAAAAAAGAUGAAAUUCCAAAGCUUGUUAGUGGAACCUUACCACAGCAUCGUAUUACAAAACUAGCACCACGAGAUCAAACUGAAGAAGAUCUUACUAAAUUAUUUGAAAAUUCGUUCAGUAUAUAUUAACUUUAUGAGACUGAUUUUUGUAGGUAAAAAUAGUAAAAUUAAAUCAAUAAUAUUGU